UUUGGGGGCAGUUUGGGGGUUUGCUCCUCCUGGCCCAGGAGGAGGUGGUGGAGAUCAACAGGGCCGAAUCCCGACCCAACGGCGAGGCGGGCAGGGCGGCGCUGGCCCAGGAGGAUUGUCCCCCCAUCGACCAACCCCUGUCCCCCGACGAGCGGCCCGGGGGGGCCGUGCUGGUGCUGGGGGGACCCCAAAACGGCCCCCCCGGAGGAGGAGGAGGAGGAGGAGGAGGAGGGGCAGGAGGAGGGGGAGGGGGUCGCGAGCGCUGCGGUCGCGACAGGGCCUGUUUCCUGCUCGGCCCCGACUACGCCCCCCCCCCAGAGGGACCCCUGCGCAAAGCGCUCGUCACCGCCUGAGACCCCCGACGGUGCCGCAGGCUACGAGAAGUCGCGGAGCCUCAACAGCAUCACGGGGGUCCGGGUGGCUCCGGCCGCCCCCUUCGGCUCCCCAGCCCCCCCGGCGCCCCCGCUCCCCCAUCCCCUCCAUCCUCUGAGGGGGACUUGA